CCGUGCACCUCGACGCCGUCGGAACACCUUGCCGGGAGGGCGGGAGCGAGACGGAGGAAGAAAGGGAGCGAGCGGGCGAGAGAGGAGGGAGGAGGGAGGACAGAAGCGCCCUGGCCGCUCGCGAAGGAUCGUCCCUCUGGUCCCGCACGUCGUUCCCUGCUGUCACUCUCGUGCCGAGGCCGAUACGGAUCGCGCGGCGGCGUCCCGACCGCAGAUGCCCCGUCGACGGAUCCAACCCGGGAGCGGCGCGGCCGUGCUGUGCGUACGUUGUUAGUGCAUCAUGUGAUUGCUUCCACGGGCCGCUGUCUUCGCCACGGUGACGGAUACUUAGCCAGCGUCAAGGAUGCAGGAACUGGCAUUCCCGCGCCGAAAAGGGAUACUCGCCCCGGUAUCGGUGCUGGCGCUGCUGAUACUGCCACUGGUCGAUUUACCCUCGGCAAACGGAGCUUGUGAGUUUCCAUCGAAUUGGUCGGGGGAAUGGUAUCAGUACGGCAAGUCCCCAGUUGUCAUAAACACGACCGUUCUCGGGGAACGAACGUGCAUCGAAAGAACGGACGACAAAUACAUCGUCUAUAAUCCCGGCGAAAAUUGUUAUCAGUGUAUGAUCAUCAACGGACGCCAUGAGAACGUUAUUCAGUAUCGCGAAGGCUGGUGCCCUCGGGAUCGGGCAGGUUUGGAGGAGAUGUGCCAGACGAUUACCUCGGACGACACGCUCUAUUCGAUGUUCCGCGUCAACUCGAAACCGAUAUCUUGCCCGUUCAGCGGUGCGUCGUUCACGUUCACGUAUAAUCGGGGUUACGGCGAGUGUUCCAUGCCUAUAAGCCUCGCGGAGAAGUGUACCGACGAGAGCAAGCUCCUCCUCAAGUACCAGGCCUGUCCGGACGUUGCGGGGACCGAGAGCAACACCGAGGAAUUGCAAUGCCUUGCCAUUUGGAACGAUGGCCGAAAUAAAUAUCUGGUGGGAAUCUUGAAAGAGAGGAGCGCAUUGGGCGACGCAAAAACCUACAGGUGUUUCUUAUACGAAGAAAAGUUUCAUCAUCAGAAGAUGGUUUAUUUACUGGCGCAGUCCGGCGACCCGACUUGUAACGGCCUAACCACAGUUUCCGAAGGUUCACCCACCAUAAAACUUAAUAAAGUCGACAAAGAGCACGGUAGAUGCAAAUAUCCGGUCUGGGUAACUCAACACCAUGACUGGCACUCUCUCAAUGGCACGAAAAGCUAUCACUUCACAAACAAGAACGCUACCCUGAGAGUAAAGAUACAAGCGCAGAGUACCGGCGGCGAAACCGUCCACGAGGAAAAAAUCGUUUGUCACAAUUUGGAGAAGCUGUACCCGAACGACAACAUGCAAGGGAAUAAAGUGAAACUCGUCGCUCACGUCACCAGCGGCUGCGACAUUGGUUACAUUUGCAUGAUAUUCCACAAAAGAGACAGUAAUAUCAUCGAGAUACAGCAGUCAGAUCAAAAGGCGAUUAUGCCGGACGAGGCGUGCUCGAUCUCGGAUCCCUCCACGAUGCCGUACACGACCUUAAUAACCACGUCCUUGCAUCAGAGAAGAUGUCCCAAUUCAGGACGAUACGAGAUUAUGAAUUUUGCUCCGUUGUCGCAUGCAUUGUCCGCCAGUGUGUCGAGACAGCAGCGACGUCUGUCGAGGACGACCAAGAGGCGGACUUGGCCGGACAACGUCGAAGACGAAGAAUGCAGGAAGACGGAUAUUCAAGUAGGCUGCACCUCGUCCGACCAAGCCGAGAUAAUAAUCGGCAACACGUGCGAACACGAGAAGAUUGCCUAUUCUUGUCACGGCAGCUGGGAAGAGAAAGGAAUGUGGUACACGAUAGCGUCGCAACGAAAUUCAGAAGUUCCAGGCAGCCCGGGAAAAACGUUCUGUUUUUCUAUGCUUUUCGAAGGUGUCAGAGAUAGAGGCGGUAGACAGAAGCCACAGGAAAAAGAGUUAUGGCUGUCGACGCCAUCGCGUACUUGUCAAAGAGAAGACAAGGAUGAGUGGACGUAUAAACUGUCGAAUCAAGGAGUGUGCGAGGACUUAAUGAAGGCUUCAAACGCAGCAUCCGCUCCAUCGUUGUCCCAGCUUCUGUUUAUCUUACAUAUAGCAGCUUACGCCGCUAUUAAUACGCCACGCGUAUUACUUUCGAGAUGAUCUGCAGCUAUUAUGUAAGACUGUCAAAGUACUGUAAUUUCCAGCACGAACUCUCAGGUAUUGCGUGUUUCUGGAAGUGUAUAUAGCUCAAACAGUUUGAUAGCUAUUGACCGAUCGAUGGGCUGUCGAUACGUAAGUAAGAGGUGGGAAAUGUGCAGCUAAACGGCCAUUACCGACAAUAUUAAUUUCCGUUUCGUUGAAACAGCCUAAUUAGUAAAUCGGUGAUUACGAUAGUCCCCAAUUGAAAAUGGAACGAUUUAUACACGUUCGCAGAUUAUUUUUUUAUACAUACACUACUUAUUGUAAUUUAUCGCAGACUGGUAUUCUAAACGAGUGACCAAACUCUAGAUUACUAGUGUUUCCGAUACAACGUUUAUUAGCUACGUACUGCCUGAAUUGUCGAUUAAUUACUACAGUUCUCGACUAAUUUUUGUUAUUGUUUAUUUUGUUUCUUGUAUAAUUCUGUGUAAAAGAGAAUCGAGAUGAUAUAUUCAGGACUAGGCAAAAACCAUCAUAAAUAUGUAUUUCAAAUGCAGAAAUAUUCUAUGAAAACUAUAUGUUUCAAAUACUCUUGAAAUACUGUUGAAAAAUGGGGCUGAAAAACAAAAUACAAAAGAUAUUCUUGAAAAUUUUGCUUCAGGCUGUAAGAUAACGAAAUGAUAUUUCGUAUCUCAAAUAUUUGCGCCAUAUAACGUAUUUGAAAUACCACCUAGUCCCGAUAUACUUUCGAAAUUACGAAGGUGUAUGCAAUUAACGGGGCAGCUUCGAAUCACGACCACUUCUGAGCAUUUAAGCUCGAAGACUCAUGUACAUUAUUAAGUACCAUCGCGCUACUGUAAAUACGACCAGGGUAUAAGUAAUCGAGAUUUCAAUUGGAUUAUUUUCGAGUAAAGAUUGGGAUAUUGCUAUGUAAUUAACAGUUCGACAGAUUGAAUUCAUACUCUGAUCUAACGUAACGUAUAGCAAAUAGAUUUUAUCCCUUAGCUAGUACAUAUACAACUGUACAUAACAUAACUGAGAUAUUGUAUAAAGACUGUUUUUAAAAGAGUAUAGCAAGUAUACCGCUCACACGAUAUUGCAUUUUGUCACUGGAAAAGCGUGCGUUUUCAAGGAUAUUCUCGAGUCUGGCCUCGCAAUAGGAGAUCCGCGAGAGUACGACACUCGCGCUACGUGUUAUUGCUGCACACAAGUUUGUAAACUAAUUGUAAGACGAACUCACGGAUCGGCGGAUUAAUGAAAGAUAUCUUACAAUUUUCCUAAAAUUUGUGAUAUAAACACAAAAUUGAUCGAAGCUGGAAUUAACGAGGAAAAUUCUAGGCUUCUAAUAGUAAAAUUUAAGUUUUAAACUUUCAACUCCGUCAAGAGAGAUACACAGAAUAAUUUUAUUAAAAUAUGUCAAUCUUUUAAAGUUACGUAGAACAGGCAAGAGAUAAGUUUCCCUUGAUACCUUCUUCAAAAAUUACCAUAACUCUCCGCUCUAGAAUUAAUAGCUUUUCAAGAUUAAUAACUUUGUUGCGUCUUUAGAAAAAGUAAAGACACAAAUUACCCUUACGUUCAGAAACUUGUAUAACACUGUACAUCGGUCAAUGUUAUUAACCCUUUCGUGACCGAGUCACUUCUCGUUGUUAAGUUUUUAUUAAUAUAAUAUUUUUCGGUAAUAGAACGCAUACUGAAUCAUUAGGCCGUUUUAAAACUUUUUCAAUUUUAUCUAACUUUUUAAGUGAUCUGGCGCAAACAAACGUUUCUUCAGUGAAAUAGUUACCUAUACAUGUCCCCUCCAUGAUAGCAUGUACUAUAAAUAGGACACUAAUUGUGGUUCCUCUGAUUCUUUGGCUAGGAACCAGAGAGAUAAAAACUGUAAACGGGACUUGUAUGUCUCAAUGGUCAUAAAAGGGUUAAUCACUAAAGCGAGCGAGUGUGGUACAUCUGCGGACGCAUUAAGACUUGUACUAGUUGCGCGCGAAUAGUUGCUUAUGCAUCUCUAGCAUAGAGUUAGUGGAUGUCGGAAUAGAUUGAUCACGUUUCUCGUUAUCAUCAUCGAUCCGAUGCGCGUCGAAUUUGAAUGCGCGGUGUCGUCACGUCUCGAUUCACGCUGAAUAUGUAUAUCGCGACGAAGGGGAUUUCCUCUGUGGAAACGCCGGGUGAUACAUUUUUUCGGCAGCCUGAUACGCGCACGGAUCUCCAGCGCGGGAUCCGCGCGCGCUGUACAAAUACUGGCGGUUGGGACUCGUGUACUUCGCGUGCUAUUUUUCUUCGACAUUUUCAUGAAUUAAGAUAGCGUAACGAGCUAAUGAAGAUACUUACGGUCCGACGGUAAAUUAUACCGUGUUAAUCGGUCGACUUCGAGUAACCUUACACACAUUUGUAUCAUCCUAUCUCUACAUUCCGUAAUAAUGUAACUUCAUAACACACACAGACUCGGGUGGCGCGAGAACUUGAUCGCGAAGAUGCAAUUUAUUUGGUGUUUCGAAAACAUUCAUUUUUGCGACAGGUAGAUGGUAUUAAAAUGGAAAAUUUUACUCCCAAAACUUUGGUCGGAGAGGUAACGUGACUAAAACAUUAAGAUUUAACCCUCGUAGAACGUUGGGGUCAAUUUGACUCUUUCUUUUUGCAAUUCAUUUGAGUGUAAUCCAAAAUGUUAAUUUUGUCACUCUAACGUAAUAAUAAUAGAACACAUAAGAGUACAAUGGAAAUCGUUACUUCGUCCAAAUUUUAUAGGUAAAACUGUAAUUAGCGUUGACCCGAACGUCGCGAAUUUGACUUUUGAAAUGAACGCCUAACGAGGGUUAAAGAUGUCAGUGUAACAUUUGGCAAUGUUAGGGCCAACGGCCGGCUUCGCGGAAGCGUAGACAACAAAAGCCUAGACGUUCAAACUAGAACGCAUCCUGAGUACGUCCACGACGUUUGUACCGAUUCGAGUACCAAGUAGAGAUAAUAGCGUGGUAAGCCUAUACGAUAUCACGAACGGGAAAGGGAACCGAGAAAAAUACGGUCUAUCACGCGAGCCUCAAUAGUUUUAUAUUUUUCUCAAACGACACACCGAAACAUGUACAUAUACAAAGUUUUAUUCAUUAUAAACGUGUGUGUGUGUGUUUGUAUAUAUAUAUACUUAUAUAUAGACACGCAUACAGAGACACGUACUUACAUGCCACUGGUCGCGUAAUUAAGGGAGACGCGGAUAGGAAAAGGGCAGCGUGUAGAGGAACAUAUAUCUACGCGGACACACAUUCUAUUACUACAUUUUAGUCGGAUCUACAUCCAUUAACUCUGUGAUAUCCAUCACAUCUAGGCGCAAACGUGACAGCCAAAAGAAAAAAAAGGGGAAGGGACGGACGAAGCUGAAGCUCUAAAGGCAUCUUUUUACUGUAUAUAUCAUAUAUUUUCUAAAUAAUGGACUGUUCCGGAAUUCAGAAGAUUUGUUGACGAGCGAAAGUGUAUGGAUUCGAAUUAUUAAAUAUUGGAGCAUUUAAA